AUGGACGGGUUCGUGCGGGUCUACGACAUCCGUAAGAGCUUGGUGAGGGAGCACUUCCUCCACAGCGGCGUCAACGGCUUGGCAACUUCCCCAGAGGGGGACGGCAUGUGCUUUGGCGCGUCAUGUUUAGGUGGCAAGCUGUACCUCAUCGAUAACGAGGAAGGAACCCUCUCGGACAUCCCGACUCACGUCACCCACGAUCUCAGCAAGCCUCCGGAUGAACUCGCCAGUGAGGUUCUCAACUCCGCUUCGAUCGCCGACAACUUCAACUCAGACUUGCUCACUCUCGCGUUUUCCCCCGACGGCGAGCUCCUAUGUGUACCAGCAUCCAACGGCCAAGUCUAUGGAUGGAACACUCUCGAUCGAAACGUUGUGAAGCUCAAGUCCCCAGGGGAGGCCCAGGGGCAUGUCAACGGCAUCUUGUUCGUCCGGGAUAACCUGGCCACGUGGACCAGGAUCGACGUUCUGGGAAAAAGGGACGAGUCUUCCCCCAGAAAAAACUGGUAUUUGUCCUUUGACAGCGAAGGCAUACUGACGGUAGAAUCAUUCAACGGCCCAGAAUAA